AUGGCACCUUUUGAAGCACUGUAUGGUCGAAAAUGCAGAAGUCCGGUUUGUUGGGACGAUGUUGGUGAGAAGAGGUUGACUGGCCUUGAGUUUAUACAACAAUCAGAAGAAAAAGUCAGGUUGAUUCGAGAGCGACUGAAAACAGCUCAAAGCCGUCAGAAAAGCUAUGCAGACCUUAAAAGGCGCAAGAUAGAAUUUGAUGUGGGAGAUCACGUGUUCCUAAAGGUUUCACCUAUGAAGGGUGUUAUGAGAUUUGGCACUCGCGGGAAACUAAGUCCAAGAUAUGUGGGACCGUUCUUGAUAUUGGAGAAGAUUGGUGAAGUUGCUUAUAAACUGGCUUUGCCACCAGCAUUAUCUGGAAUUCAUAAUGUGUUCCAUGUAUCUUUAUUGCGAAAAUAUGUGACAAAUCCUGAACACGUAUUGGAUUUCACUCCUUUGAGGUUAAGAGAAAACCUGACAUAUGAAGAACGGCCUAUUCGCAUUGUGGAUAAGACGGAGCAAGUGCUGCGGCGAUGCACAAUCCCUUAUGUGAAAAUUCAAUGGCAAAAUCAUACUGAGAGAGAGGCCACAUGGGAGCUUGAGGAGGAAGCAAGAAACAAAUACCCUCAUAUGUUUGAAAGUUAA